AGCCGCGCUUUUACAAUGUUGCCCUCGCGCUUCCACCCUAUUACCAGCUUUGCCCCCUCCCGCCGCGGCGUCGUUUUUUCCCCCUACUGGCGAGCCAGAGGAGGAGAAACUUGCGUGGCUGCAGAGCACGGGCGACGCAGAGGCUGCCACGCCUCUGCGCGCGCCGGGGAGCGGUUGUACGAGGAAAACUGUCUCUUGGGUCAGCACAAAAAUCUCGGCUUUCGUUGCGCCACGAUCGCGAUUUCUCUCGACUGGAACAUUGUCUCGAUCCGACAGCCCCUCGCCGCGGAGGAGGAACCGAGAAUGGCCUUGAGAGGAGCUGCGGCCGUGUGCAUUGGGAGGCACAGGAACGCUUCCUCGAGCUUGAUUUCGAUACCCAGUGGACUGCUCCGAAGAUCCCCGCAGGGAUUCGGUUCGUCGUCUCUUCAACACCAAGCUGGAAGAUCUGUUCGGGCAAUUCAAGGAGCUGCCGCGGAGCCGGUUGCUCCCAAGAAAGAGGAUGAGCGGCAGUCGCUCCGGGAUUGGAAGAUUAAAAUGCUCUACGACGGCGAUUGCCCGCUUUGCAUGCGCGAGGUUGAUAUGCUGAGAGAGAGGAAUAAGCAGUAUGGUACGAUAAAGUUUGUCGACAUCAGCUCGGCCGACUAUUCGUCUGAGGAAAAUCAGGGCCUUGAUUACAAAACGGUUAUGGGGAGGAUCCAUGCAAUUCUUUCGGAUGGAACUGUUGUGACUGAUGUGGAAGCAUUUAGAAGACUUUAUGAACAAGUGGGUCUUGGAUGGGUUUAUGCCAUUACCAAGUAUGAACCGAUUGCAACCAUAGCUGACUCGGUUUAUGGAGUUUGGGCUAAAUAUCGUCUGCAAAUUACUGGGCGCCCACCGUUAGAAGAGAUACUGGAAGCACGAAAGAGUAAGGGUGAAAUGUGUAAUGACAGCGACAAAUGUAAGAUGUGAACCUUUGGCGAAGGUUAAUUUUUCUAUACUGGGGAGAGGAGCUCCAUUCGUUGCUUUUGUAACAAAAAUCUGUUCCGGAAAUCGCCGAUGUAUUUAGUGCAUCAAAUAGUCAAAUUUUAUAGGAAGAUUACAUUGUCCCUAUUUUGUAACACGAAAUCUCGGGUCUGUGGAAGUGAUGACUAGCCGUGAAUAAAUUGGCUCAUCAAAAUGCAUAUCCAA